AUGUAUGCAAUUGCUGCGAUUGCGAUGGCAGAGAUCGCAAUUGUCAUGUAUGCGAUUGCUGCGAGUGCGAUCGUCAGGCAUGCGAUUGCUGCGAGUGCGAUCGUCAGGCAUGCGAUUGCUGCGAUUGCGAUUGUCAGGUAUGCGAUUGCUGCGAUUGCGAUUGUCAGGUAUGCGAUUGCUGCGAUUGCGAUUGUCAGAUAUGUGCUCACGACCAUCUCGAGGUUCAGGUACACAAACAUUACAAUGACAAUUGUCUAA